AUAAAUAAAAAUAACUUAAUUAAUAUUAAACUUGAAGCAAAAUACCAUAUUAUUCCAUAAAUGUGGAUUAUAGGGACUAAAAUGCAAAUAAAAAUAUGAAACUUCAAACUUAAAGUUUUGAGUAGUAAAACUUCAAUUAUAGAGUUUCACUCAUCAAAAUUUCAAAUUUGAAGUUUUGAAGUUUCUUUUUGGAGAGCAAAAAAACUUCAUAUUUGCGUGUUUUAUCCAGUGUCGUAAUGUUUCUUUUAAUAUACGGGAGAUAUGCAAAAUCAUAACCGAAUACACUGUCUGACUGGGCCUAUAAAGCCCAUAUACACAAGACGCGACAUUACCAACUCACUCCCUAGUUUAGGUUCAAGUGAGACGGUCUUGUUGUUGUGUAAUAAAUACGGAACUUCUGAGGGUAAGUAAGAAUAGUAAACAAUUCGAUUUUAUUAUAAAAAUCUCUCUCUGAAGAUGGAGGAGAGUCAUAACCCUAAUUCCCAUGAGCGUCUCAAAUCCUGGUCGGAGCUCCCUUCAGAUCUCUUGUACUCGCUGCUUGAACGCCUGAGCUUUACCGACUUCCGACGAGCUAAAUCCGUGUGUAGGUCCUGGUACUCCGCUUCGAGACAAUGCGUGCCCAAAAACAAUCACAUCCCUUGGCUGCUCCUUUUCCCCGAAGAUAACAACAGUUGCUGCACCUUGUUUAAUCCCGCGGAGAAAGACAAACUCUACAGGACGCAUGAUCUGGAUUUGGUGCUCCCGAGGAUAUUUUGUUUAAAGACGUGUGGAAGCUGGCUCUUGAUGCGAAACCGUUCGAGUAAUCUCUACCUUGUGAAUCUCUUCACCAAGGAGAGGAUCAAUCUACCUCCUGUGGAGUCACAGGUCGGAACGACAAAGUUGGAGCGGACGGUAGUUGGGUUUCGCAUUACAUGUCCCGACGGAAGCAAGCCGGGUAAACCAAUGCACAUAAGAUCCCCUGUGUUUUGGAUCGACGAGAGAACCAAAGAGUAUCUAGUUUCGUGGGGACUUGGAACCUGUUGUGUGGUCUAUUCCAAGAAAGGAGAUAACUCGUGGACUCAAGUCCCGGAAGCUUUAGAUUGUUGUGACAUGGUUUACAAGGAUCACAAGCUUUACUUCUUUAGUUAUUCCCGUGAUCUGAGGAUCUAUGAUUUUUCGGGAGAGGCUCCGCGAGAAAUCUUUUGGUGUAGAUGUGUUUAUGUCGAAAGAUUUGCCUACGAUGGUGGUGGUCCCAGACGUCCUCAUGUAACUAACAGAAAGAGACUUGUAGUCACAAAACUUGUAGUCACGGUGACUGGAGAUGUCCUCAAGGUUGAAACAUACUUAAGACCUAAGUCUAGAAUCUGGUCAUUCCGUCUCUUCAAAGUUUGUUCAUCAGGUGACUUUAAACGAGUUCAUUCCUUGGGGGACGAGUCAAUGCUUCUGGCUCUUGGCAUCACUGUGCUCGCCAACAACUAUGAGGGCAUCCGUAGAAACUCCAUCUAUUUCAAUGCUAGUCAUAAUAUCACAAGUGAUAUCUUUCUCUUCAAUCUCGAGACGCGGAAGAUGGAGCAACUACACAAAUUUGAUUGCUCCUCUGAUCAACUCUCUGGAAAUCGAUGGUUCUUACCAAGUUUCACACAGGCAGUUGUGGCAUGAUUGACCUAAACUAUGUUUCCCUCUUCAAUAUAUUUUUACUCAAAUCAAUGAUGACUACAUCCUAGUUAGGCAUGGGCAUUCACUUGUUGCUCGGGUAAUACUUGCUAUUUGACUCGGCUUCUAAGUAAUAAAUCCGCAAAUCUUAAUA